AUGGCAACAGGAAUAGUGGACAAUGUGCACUUUGCAUUUGCACGCUUGCAGGGGAAGGCGUUUCCCCCUGAUUCGCCAGAGUCGGGGGCUCUGCUCGAGGACAGCGAUGGUGAAGGGCAGGAGACGGGGAGGCAGGGGGCGGCACGUGCCCGUCGAGAUGCCGAGUCGCCCUGCGGCCUGCGCAUGCUGCUGCUCCGGGUGCGAGAGCUGGGUCUAGGCUAUGACUCGGACGAGACGGUGCUUUUCAAGUACUGCAGCGGCACCUGCCCCUUCGUGCGGUCCAACCACGACCUGACCCUCACCAACCUCCUGCUGCGGGGAGCACUACCACCCCCCCUUCCCGGUGACAGCUGGCACAGCAGCCCCUGCUGCCGACCCACCCACCACGAGGACCUCGCUUUCCUGGAUAACACCCACCGCUGGCACAAGGUGGAAGAACUGUCUGCUGCAGCCUGCACCUGUGUGGGUUGAGCUAGAGACAGGGGCGCG